AAUGUAAAUAUAUAUCCAAAGUUUUGUGGAGAUGAGGAGAUGGAGAAGGCGCUUGAAAUGAAGAAGGAGAUGGUUGAGAAGGGCAUUGUGCCUGAUGCUGAAACGUAUGGCAGCAAAGAAGACUGACGAAGCUUUUUAUCUCCUCCUAGAGAUGCUGCGCGGGGGUAUGUCGCCACGUGAGUAUACUUAUACUACAUUGAUGUACGCUUAUUAUGCUGAAGGUGAAUUCAGUAAGGUUUUUCAUUUGCAUGAUGAAAUGGUAAAGAAGGGUUUUUUGCCUGAUUUUGUUACUGGGUUUUCGCCGUCUAUUGUUACUUACAACGCGCUUAUUUAUGGGUAUUUCUUUUUGGGGAGGGUUGAGGAGGCUGUGGGGAUUUUUAGGGGCAUGCCUGAGAUGGAUUUGUCCCCUGAUGCUGUUAGUUAUAACAAGGUUAUAUCGGGGUUUUGUCGAAACCGGGAGCCGGGGAAGGCUUUUGAAAUGAAGUUGGAGGCUAAUGAAAAGUUCAUGCCGAGUUGGCUAGAUGAAGGCAUGUAUGAAUCACUUAUGGAAGACCUGUCAGAUGAGGUUGUUUAUUCUAGUUUGAUGAAUGCUUUUUGUGCUGAAGGUAACCUAGAAAAGGUUAAUAACUUGGAAUAUGAAAUGGAUCACAACGGUUCUUUGCCAGCUUCUGUUCAAUAUAGUGUGUGAUUGAAUGGACUUAAUAAGAAAGGUAGGACAAGAGAAACUAAGAGUGAUCUAAUGUGGAGGGUUUCUGAACAGUGUUUGUUUAUGCCAACUUAUACAGCAUAUGAUACUCUGAUAGAGAACUGCAAUGAUAAUGAAUUUAAGAGUGUGGUAAGGGCGUAAGGCUUGUCAAAGGUUUACACAUGAGGGGUUUAGUGGAUGAAGCAGCCAGAGCUCGUGACACAAUGCUUCACGGGAAUUAUAAGCCAGAUGGAGCUGUUUAUAAUUUAUCAAUAUUUGAUCAUUGUAGAUCUCUUAAUGUUCAUAAGGCGUAUAGUAUGUACAUGGAGAUGCUGCAUUAUGGUUUUGCUCCUCAUAUUUGUACUGUACUUGCUCUUAUUAAAGCUCUACAUUAUGAUGGAAGGUCCAAUGAGAUGAGUUGUGUUAUUCAAAACACAUUGAGGAGCUGUAAUCUCUAUGAUUCUGAGCUACAAGAAGUACUUAGUGAAAUUGACGUCAGGAGAUGUGAAAUUUAUCCUCUUCUCAAUGUGCUAGCUGAAAUGUCCUUGGAUGGCCUGUUACUUAAUGGUGGGAAUUGUUCAUAUGCUCCAGCAAGUGUCUAAUAUAAACUUAGAGGUAUUGAUGAUAUGAAACUUGGAUACUUCUAAUAUGGAAAGUUCUCCCUUGCUAGGAAAGCAAUUUAUCAUUUUUUACCUGGAACUCUACAGCUAUCAAAGACCUCCUUCUUGACCAGGUUAAUCAUUUCCCUCAUCUAUCUCCUCUGCUUUAGAAAUCCGUAACAACUUAGAGGUAUUGGUGAUUUUAUUUCAUUCAAAUGUCAUUCUGAUGAACCAAAUGUGAUCUUUAGAUAUUUUUUAAAAUUUUCAAGUAUGAAGUAACUUGCUUUCAAUCAUAAGUAGAAAUGGUUUUCCUUAUGUUUUUUAAAUCAAAAGGUCCUCUUACUGUUGCUAAUUUACUUUCAGUGUGUUGGGAAUCAUGUUUCAUGAUUUUAUGAAUUUCAAUGAUUUUGAGUGAGGGUUGCUGAAAUCAAGAAAGUAUUAUCUGACAUGAUCUGCCAUUUAUUAUGUCACAUGAAUGAUAAAGUUUGAAUCUUACCAUGCUUGCAAAGCUACAGAUUGAACCAAAAAACAUUCUCCUUCUCCACGAAAGUGUUGAGGCAAGAAAGUGGCCAUGGAAAUACCAAGAUAAAACAACUGGUUCGUAGUUCAUUGGGGUGGGAAGCGAAUUCGGUAGCACUGGUGCAGAAUGGUUUCAAAAACUUUCAGAGUUAUAUCAGCUUUCCCCUAACUGAAUUUUUGGUUCCCUCCUGUGUCUGUACUAAUGCAGGAGAGUUAGAGUUGAAAUAUGGUGGUCAGGAUUCGAUUAACGAGACUUGGUUGCAGGAACCACUCAUUCUAUCGUGUCAUUGUUACUGAUAGCAGAACAACAAGAGAUGGCAAACACCUUGUAGUUUUAGGUUACUACAAUCCUUUAUCAGGAGAUGAAGACAAGGUGGCAGGUGUCAUUACAUUGGGUUUGACCAUGACUCGAAUAGAGCAUGUGACCUGCACUAACAGAGAGAGAUAGAGAGUCUGAAAGUUGAAGCAACCUAGGAUGAGUACCUCAUGCUCAUUGGUACGGUGUCCUACACGUGGAAUAGAGGAGUCAGAAGUCAGGACAUUGGACUUUGGUUCUUGACCUCCAAGUCCAACUUGAAUGUACACUUCUUUCUUUACUUUAUUCAACACCAUCUUUUCUUUUAUGAUGAACAAAUAUAUCUCUGGUCUCAAAAAUGAAUUUAAU